AUGGAGAGAGCCUUCACUCUUUUUCUCUUGACAAUACUCUUGUUGCUUCACUAUGUUAUGACCCAAACCAACAUUACUACUGAUCAAUUAGCUACUCUUUCUUUAAAAUCUCAAAUCAUUUCAGAUCCCUUUCACUUCUUGAAUGAAAGCUGGACUCCCGCUAUUUCUGUUUGUCGUUGGGUAGGAGUCACUUGUGGUUCUCGUCACCAGCGAGUGAAGUCCUUGAAUCUUUCCAACAUGGCUCUUACGGGCAGGAUUCCGCGUAAUUUUGGAAACCUCACAUUUCUUGGUUCACUUGACUUGGGAAGCAACAAUUUCCAGGGAUAUUUGCCUCAAGAAAUGGCAUAUUUGCAUCGGCUUAAGUUUCUUGAUUUAAGUUUCAACAACUUUAGAGGGGAAAUUCCUUCUUGGUUUGGGUUUUUACACCAACUUAAAGUUCUAAAUCUUGGAAACAAUAGUUUCAUUGGUUCCAUCCCUUCUUCAUUUUCUAAUAUUUCCACACUUGAGACUUUGAAUCUGAAUUUCAAUUCCAUUGAGGGUGAAAUCCCAGAAGUGAUUGGUAGUCUUAUAAACCUGAGAGUUUUAAGCUUGUAUGGAAAUAAUCUCAUAGGUUCUAUUCCAUCGUCACUCUCGAAUGCCUCAAGGUUGGGAGCUUUAGAUUUAUCUCGUAAUUUACUUCAAGGGAACAUUCCAGAAGGGAUUGGCAAUCUACACAAGAUGAAACUGUUGUCCAUACAACAUAAUAAACUUACGGGUUCUAUACCAUUCACAAUUUUCAAUAUUUCUAAAAUCGAAGUAAUUGCAUUUACAGACAAUAGCUUAUCAGGAAAUCUUCCCAAUGGUUUAUGUAAUAGUCUCUCAAUACUCAAUGGGCUUUAUCUAUCCACAAACAAACUUCGUGGUCAUAUCCAAAGAGAUAAGCAAUAUGAUUGA